AUGGCCACCGAACUAGAUGUGGGCAAGUCUCGCCGCUUCGACAUUGCCAUGUCGAGGCGAACUCGGCGAUCGACAAGCCUGGUAGCCUGCUUUCAAGAUCAGUAUACACUGUCCCUAGCACAGCAUCGCCACCAAGAGCUGAAGGCAUUUCUGCAAUGCCAAGAUGAAGAGCUGAAGGCAGUCCAGCAAUGUGAGGAUGCGGAACAGAAGACGCUGUGUUCGAAUGAAGAUGAGGAGACGAAGACUCCACAAGUACCACUGCAGUAUGAAGAUGAUGAGCAAAAGACGCCAGAGCAAUAUGAAGAUGAGCAGAAGGACUCACAGCAAUAUCCAGACGAAGAGCAGGAGAUACCAGAUCCAUAUCAAGAUGAUGAGAAGAAACCGGACCAGUAUCUAGACGAAGAGAAGACGCCAGAGCAGUAUCAAGAUGAAGAUGAACAAUACCAAGAACAGGAGUUGGUGACACCAAACCUACCUGAAGAAGAUGAGAAGGAGACUGCAUCAGAGCAAUUCCAGAACGUGGAGCUGGUGACACCAAACCUACCUGAAGAAGAUGAGAAGGAGACUGCAUCAGAGCGAUUCCAAGACGAGGAGCACCUGGUGACACCCAACCUACCUGAAGAAAUUGAGGAGACUGCACCUGGGCGAUUCCAAGACGAGGAGCCGAAGGAACUUCAACAACAUCAAGAGGCAGAUGAGCAGGCGUCACAAUCUGAAGAUGAGGAGGAGCAGAAGUCUCAGCAGGAACGCCAUGACAUUCAGCAGAAGGCGCCAGAGCAAUUCCAGGCAUUGAAGAAGGUAGCCACGCCACCACGUCUUGUGGACAACGUGCCCCGGUUCUCCCUUCAGGAGCUUAUACAACAGAAGCAGCUUCCAACCGGCGAGGCAAUGCCUACCAGCAAGCUAGGCAACCGUGGAGAGAGUGUCCUUGCUGAUCACAAGGUUUCAGGAUCAGGAGCAGCAGCAGGCGGCACGAUGCUGGCCAUGGUGAUAAAGCGACCCGAGGGAGGGAAGAAAUCGAUGGGGAUGAUACGCCGGUGCGUGAAGGCCCUGAACCAGAUGAUCAAGGCCAAGCACGGGUCCAAGAAGAACUUGCAUUUCUAG